GGAUAAUGUGACAUUAUUUUUACGGGGCUGUAAAGAGCUUGGCCUAAAAGAAUCCCAGCUGUUUGACCCAGGAGAUCUGCAGGACACUUUGAACAGAACAACAGUUAGGAUUUCAGACUGCAACCGGAAGCUUCGAAAUGUACUCGUCACUGUCUAUUGGCUAGGAAAAGCGGCAAACAGCUGUGCAUCAUACAGUGGAAAUCACCUGGACCUGAAAGAAUUUGAAGGCUUAUUGGCACAAAUGAGGAAGGAAAACGAAGAGGUGGAAAGCCCUAAAAGAAGCAUCCGUGACAGUGGAUACAUUGACUGCUGGGACUCUGAGAGAAGCGAUUCUCUGUCCCCCACCGAGACAUGGCAGAGACGACUCCUUUGACAGUCUGGAUUCAUUUGGUUCACGCUCACAACAGACGCCAUCUCCAGAUGUGGUGCUGAGAGGGAGCAGCGAUGGAAGGGGAAGCGACUCAGAAUCAGACCAACCCCACAGAAGAUUACCUGAUGUGAGGAAAGAUGACAUGUCUGCCCGACGGGUAUCUUUUGGCGAGAACAAAGCAUUAGUGCCUUUUAACCAGUACCUUCCCAACAAGAGCAACCAGACUUCAUACAUCCCCGCACCUUUGAGAAAAAAGAGAGUUGAGCAUGAUUACCGGAAAAGCUGGAGUACUGCAACUUCACCACUAGGGGGAGAAAGGCCUUUCAGGAUAAUAACCCUGAUGUAUUUUUUUGUAUUCUACAGGAGUGUGAGCAUGUGUGACAUGAGAUAUGAAGAUGAGGGAAGUAUGCUGCCCCACAGCAGAGCUCACCAUGAACACUUGCAGUUUGUCAAUGACCUGCUCAAGGAGGAGGAUGAUACCUGGCAGGAUGACCUGGCCCGGUGGAAAACACGUAGGAGAAGUGCAUCACAAGACUUGAUAAAGAAAGAAGAAGAAAGAAAAAAGAUGGAGAGGUUACUUAGUGGGGACACUGACUUAAAUGAAAGAAGGAAAAGCAUAAAAACUUACAAAGAAAUAGUAGAGGAAAAAGAACAAAGAGAGAAAGAUCUGCAUGAAGCUUACAAGAAUGCCAGGACAAAAGAGGAAGCUGAAAAAAUACUGCAGAAAUACAUUGAGAGGUUUACCAUAAGUGAAGCUGUUCUUGAAAGUUUAGUGAUGCCAAAAAUUCUGGAGAGAAGCCAUUCAGUAGAGCCUGGCUUACUCUCUUCAUCAGAGGACCCCAACCCAUUGAAGUAUCUGAGACAGCAGUCUUUGCCUUCUCCAAAAUUUACUUCUACAGUAGAAGCAACUAUAUCUCCCACUUCUGAAUCAGACUUUAAAGCACCCCUGGGUCCCACAUCACCGACAAAGAAUGUGGUCUCAAAGGCAGUGCCUAUGUUAACACCCAAGCCUUAUUCCCAGCCCAGAAAUACACAACAUGUUCUCAAAACAUUCAAGGUAGAUGGAAAAGUCAGUAUGAAUGGAGACGCAAUGAAUGGCACAGAGGAAGCCAAGGAAAUGGGAUCAAAUACAGUCCAAAUGUUUUCUCCAUCACUGACCAGAUCGCAGAUGUUUGAAGGUGUUGCCAGAGUGGAUGCACCAGCAGCAGCGGUGAAGCCAGAUGCAUCUUCCAUUGAACUUAGUUUGAAAAGGCCGAAUGUACAGAAUUCUGUCAAGAACAAAGAAGUAAGGCCAAAGAGGAUAUCUUAUAAAACUGAAAAAACAGCAAGAGAGUUUGUGUUGCCACCAACAACUAAUUAG